AGGGACAUCACAAUCUACGAUUUCACAGAUCUCUUCCCCCUGAAGUAUUUCAACCAUAGUGCAAGUGUACAUCCACUCACAAAGCUCGCGUCGGUGACGAUCAUUACGCUACCCUUGCAAUGCCCUGUGUGACACUUUAAUCUGUUGCAAUGCUGCGCUUCUCAGCUUCCGCUCGUAGAAGUAACGAGACCCUCGAUUCCACGAAAAAAUGCCCUGCCACACGUGACGCUAAAGUACAAGCGGACCCCUUUUAUCUCGGUCAAACCAGUCGACCACGCAACCUCCCCGAAGCCAGCCCUCUGGUACCUACCUGCUUGCUAAUCAAAAUAUUUCACGACCCAAAAUGGAGUCUGCUGCAAGAGAUAAAUGGGAAUAUCAAAAGCGGGUCGAGGGAGUAAAGAACGAUGCCAUCGAUAAAAUCAUGGCCAUGAUCGGACUGGAGGAGGUGAAAGAACAAUUGCUAUGCAUAAAGGCGAAGAUCGAUACCCUGAAGCGUCAAGAGGUGGCCUUACACGAAGAGAGUUUCAACCUUGUCUUGCUCGAGAAUCCCGGUACAGAGAAAACUGCUGUUGCAAAGCUAUAUACGCAAUUCCUGGCAUCCGUUCAGGUACUUCCUGGCGAGGCCUUCCAGGAAACCACAGGUUCAUCCCUCGCCGAUGACGGUGUCAAUGGAGUAAAAUGGCUCACUGAGGGUGUUCUUAGGGCAGGCGGUGGGGCGGUUUUUAUCGAUGAAGCACAUCAACUCGUCAGUGAUUAUGAUCGGUCCAGUACUAGAUCAGCACAGGUUGUGCAGCGCCUCCUCGCAGAAAUGGAGAAGCAGGUUGGAAAGCUGGUUUUCAUCCUUGCGGGAUACACCAAGGAGAUGGAGAAAUUCCUCAAGCACGAUCCGGAGGUACCCAGUCAUAUUCCCUACAGCCUUCAACUUGCAGAUUAUACGGACGCAGAGUUCAUUAUCAUGCUCGAAGAUCUGAUUCUUAAGCGGUACAAAGGUCGAAUGCAGGUUGAGGGUGGUGUCCGUGGACGCUAUGCACGAGUUGCGGUCAAGCACCUUAGUCGGAGAAGAGAGCAGCCUGGGUUCGGAAACGCACGUGCACUGCGGAACAUGUUUGCAAAGACAUGUGAGCGGCAGGCUCAGCGGGACCAGAAGGCACGCACAUCCGGCACACCGGCAGAUGAUUUCUUCAUGUCUAAGGAGGACCUCAUUGGCCCCGAUCCGUCCAAGGCUCUUCCGGACAGUGCUGCAUGGGCGAAGUUACAUACCCUCAUCGGCCUCGAGCCUGUGAAAGAAUCAGUUCGCAGCUUCUUCGUUCUCGUAGAGACAAACCAUCAGAGAGAACUGGCUGGGAUGGAACCGAUGGCAAUAUCCCUCAACAGGGUGUUUCUAGGGUCCCCCGGUACAGGGAAGACGACUGUGGCCCAAUUAUAUGGCAAAAUUCUUGCAGAGCUGGGUCUCCUGAGCAACGGCGAAGUGGUGGUAAAGAACCCGGCAGAUUUUAUUGGGGAAUACCUUGGACAAUCAGAGAAGAAUACAAAAACCACCUUGAACAGUACCAUUGGGAAGGUGCUUGUUAUAGACGACGCGUAUCUGCUGUUCGGCAAGAGUACGGGCAAACGAGAUUCCCUCAAAACAUCUGUCAUCGACGCAAUGGUGGCAGAGAUUCAAAGCAUCCCAGGGGAAGAUCGUUGCGUCCUGCUACUCGGAUAUAAGGAACACAUGGAAGAGAUGUUCCAGAAUGUCAACCCUGGACUAGCGCACCGUUUUGCCAUAGAGAAUGCUUUCAUCUUCGACGAUUUUACCGAGCCUCAAUUGAUGCAAGUCCUGGAUUUGGAGCUAAAAAACCAGGACCUCUCUGCUACCAAUGAUGCGAAACGUGUGGCACGAGACCUCCUCAGUCGAAUGAAAAAUAGGCCUAAUUUCGGAAAUGCUAGUGAAGUGGAGAAUCUACUAGGCUUGGCCAAAGCUCGGUAUCAGAAACGCAUGGCAACAAUCCCAGCAGCACGGAGAGCACAGGUCACCUUCGAACCUCAAGACUUUGAUCCUGAUUAUAAGCGAGAUCAGAACGCAUCUGCCAAUCUAGCCAAAUUGUUCGAAGAUGUUGUGGGGUGCGACAACAUCAUCAAGAAGCUGGAAGACUACCAAAAAAUUGCACGUGCGAUGAAGGCCCAGGGACUGGAUAUGCGGACUCAGAUACCCAGCAACUUCAUCUUCAAGGGGCCUCCUGGUACGGGAAAGACAGGUACAGCCAGGAAACUCGGUCAAGUGUACUACGACAUGGGGUUCCUGUCUUCGACAGAUGUGGUAGAGUGCUCCGCAUCAGACCUCGUUGGUCAGCAUGUCGGACACACUGGCCCACAGACGAAGGCAGUCUUUGAAAAGGUUCUCAGAAAGGUUCUCUUCGUCGACGAAGCCUACCGCCUACGUGAAGGGAAGUUUGCGAAGGAAGCCAUGGAUGAAAUCGUGGGGCUGAUGACACAGGAGAGAUACAUGGACAAGCUUAUCAUCGUCCUUGCCGGCUACGAAGAUGAGAUGAAUGCACUUCUACAAGUAAAGUCGCUUCGCUGAGGAAAUCGUCUUCCAGAACAUGACCCCCGAACAAUGCUUGAUGCUCUUGGACAAGGACCUGUGUAAGAAUGGGAUUAACAUUGCGCAGCUCAAAAAUCCGUCGUCAGCCGAGUAUCUCACAAUGAGGGAUAUUAUCGAGGACAUGUCAUAUUUGCCUUCGUGGGGGAAUGCUCGAGACGUAAAGACGAUUGGACAGCGGAUGGUACGGAAA